UGACGUCAAGCCUCGAGGCUCAGGAAAGGGUCAGAUCAACAUUAGAAGUACUAAAAACUAACACAGGCAUUUUCCGAAAGAAAUGAAAUUCAUAUAGUGAUAUAAACUAUAUCAGGUCAUGGAUUGAAAAAACAAUUCCCUACUAAGUGUCUCCAGCAUGAAUAAGACACACUGUUGAACUCGGUUUGAGCAGAUCUGUCAAUCACUAAGUGUAUUUCAGCCAAUAGUGUUCUUCCUCUAUAGAUACACCCUGUCCUUGUAUAGAUGCUGAACUACGUUACCGUUCUCUGUCUCCGACCCGAACGUCGCCCGGUGUUUCGUACACGCAAAAAGGCUCAGUUCUUGGCUGUACCGUUCCGCAUCCUAACGUUUAGACGUUUUUCUAAGCUGGAGUGCUUUUUUUAGAUCAAAAUUGUUAGUCCGGGCAGCAUGAGAUUCAGGCCGAGAUGUGAUCAACGAGCUAACUGCGGUGUGCUUUUUUUCGUCUUCCUGGUGCCAAGUACAGUUGUCAACUUCUUAUGGUACGCUAGCAGUAAUGUUAGUCCUAACGCUAGAAAGCCUCUUCCUAGCGCCAUCUUGUGGCAGACAUCGGUAGAUGCCUAUAACAUGAGUCUACUUAAUGAAGUCACAGACUUCACAACGCUUGUAGAUAAGACAGACUUUCGCUUUCUAAUAAACAACCGGCGUUGUGAUGAUGCUCAGGACAUUUUCUUAGUCAUAUUUAUUCACAGUGCGCCAGACCAUUUUCAAAAACGAAGAGCAAUACGAAAAACAUGGGGUCAAGAACGCCAUCUCGUAGACGAUCCUUUGCGCAUAGUAUUUAUGGUUGGUGAAGUUCAAGGUAGAGAUGACGUUCAAAAGGCCUUGGAAAGAGAGAACUACAUCCAUCGGGACAUGGUGCAGGGUAAUUUUCUUGACACUUACAAGAAUCUCACUUACAAACAUGUUAUGGGACUCAAGUGGGUGACAUAUUUCUGCCGCCAGGCUAAAUAUAUUUUUAAAACUGACGACGACAUAUUUGUUGACAUUUUUCAAUUAGUGACAUACUUGAAGGGUUCAUCGGGUUUGGCGCCCCCUCGCGGUCUUAUCAUGUGUUUUCUUAUCAGAAAUCCUUACGUAAAGCGUAGUCAACGUAGCAAAUGGAGAGUGAGUUUCAAAGAAUACCCUGGGAAAUAUUAUCCCCCGUACUGUGCAGGUUGGGGUAUUAUAAUGUCUCCCGAUGUUGUUUUCAACCUUUACCUCCAAUCUACCCAAGUCCCAUACUUUUGGGUAGAUGAUGUUCACGUCUCUGGAACCUUGGCCCAACGAGCUGGUGUAAACCACGUGGACUUUACAAACAAACUGUCAGUAACGGAAGAAGAAAUUUUCGAGUGGCUUCAAAGCCCUAAACUAAGUCGACCAUAUUUGUUUGGUCAUCCGGACGCUGAAGUUGACACCAUCUAUGCCUUGUGGAACAAAACCUAUUGGUACUACAAAAGGACAGGCUCUCGAAGAUGAGGAAACCUGACAUUUGUGUGCUCAUUGUGAUGUUAUUUAAACAAAAAACCUGCUUGUGCUACAAAAGGACGGGUUCUCGAAGAUUAGGAAAUCUGACGUUUGUGUAUUCAUUUUGAUGUUUAAACUAAGGGUGUGUUUUUUACCAGCGGGGUUACCGACACGAAGUUUUCCCAAUACCAAAUAUUUCCCUUAUUGUUUCUACUGGUAUUGCUAUCGGAAUACCCGAGUAAAGGUCACGUACAUUACAAAACCCAAACAUCUCGUCAUUUUCUGCUUUCAUCAUUUCACUUGUAUCGUUGCUUGCAACUAUUAUUAAAGGUGGACGUUUAAAAGUUUCA